AUGUCAAUUGGGAGUAUUUCUAUCACUCAGGAGUCGGCUGAUUCGCGUCAUUUACCUGUCGAUGUAAGAAUUGCCAUGGUUUGGGAUACAGAUGACACUGACGUAGAUUUACAUGUUAUUGAACCUUCAGGUGAAGAAUGUUAUUACGGUCAUAAGAAUACUGCUAUUGGUGGAAUGAUUACUCGAGAUUUUACGCAAGGUUGUUGGCCGAAAGAAUGUUUGGUACGUAAAGCCGUUAAAAGAACAUAUAUCGUUCGAGCAAAAUAUUUUGCGAAUCAUCAGCAAAGUUUAACUGGUGGAACCAGUGUUAAAAUCGCCAUCGGUGGUUGUAAAGCGAAUCGGCGUCGGUUUUUCUCAGAUUUUUUUAGAGCUCAUCAAGUUGUCCUUGGAAUCAGUGUUGGAUUGAUUGGAACCUACUCUGAAACGAAUCCGCUUAAGAAAAUGCCGAAUCCUGCCCGAAGGUAUCCUACGUGA